AUGUACCGACAGGCAAGAAGGGUUGCAGGUCGCCGUCGUCGUACUCCUCGCCGUAAUCGUCGUGCUCGCGGUAACUACCUCAGUAAACGUAUAUUCAACAUCCGCAAUUCGGCAGUUUUCCGGCCGAGAAAGCCGGGAUAUAGCAACCUUGCCCUUAGUUUCGCAAGAAGAUUGAUUGCCUACCCCUCAAGUGGAGCGAAGCCUUUGCCCGAUAAGCCUGCUCCAGAUAGCAGCUGGUGGCUUGAUAAGCUUCAGUGGUUUGGCAGCUUAGCCUUACAACUUGUUGGCGUCUUCUUGGCAGCAGAAAAGAGUGCGUUGUCUUUGAACUUCGCUAUAACUGGAGCUGGAACGUGUUUUCCCAUUACAACCAGAACUCUUUUGACAACAACUCCAAUAGCAACUCGACAUGGAGAUGAUGUUAUGGUGCCUUUUGAACAGGCAAAAAUAUUAUGGAUUAAAGCAACCGUUACACCAAUAGUCGACGCUUCUAUCGUUGUAUCUUGGAGCCCAACUCUUCAGGAGCAUUCUGUGAAAUGGCAUUCACUUGGAGAUCAAGGAGAGGAAGUUCCUAAGUGCGUUGCCUUCGUGCUGGCCUUCUCAGAUAUGGCAUUGGCAAAAGCAGACAGAGGAGGACUGGACUCAAAAGAAUACAAUCCUGGAAAGUCUGGAUUUGAGAUGUACCUAGACGGUCAAGUGGCCGUCCGUCAACCUGGCGUUUCGUAUUUCAAACCAGAUCUUGAGUAUUCCGAUCCAACUAUGAUUAAGGUCCUGAGCCAUGGAGAUUAUAAGUAUGCCCGUUUGGAAGAUGUAGAGUGGAACAAUGGAUUUGGAUCUAUUGAUAAGAAGAACUUGGUGCACGCUCUCAGUGCAAGAGAGGUGCUAAGUCUUGAGAACCUAGCGAUUGAC